UAGGCCCACCGCUGCAUCCACCCCUCGAACGCAAACCACUCGACUCCGAAGCUCCCACUCCCAGGGUUUUAGCUAGGGUUCUGUGUCCCCCGCAUCGCCGCCGCCGCCGCCGCGAGCCAUGGCCGACGCCGCCGCCCCCGGAGAGGACGACGCCGCGUGGGAGCGCGCCAUCGCGGCGGCCGUCAAGAACGCCCCCUUCUCCGCCCCCAAGACCCUAACCCUCGACGGCGCCGUCAAGUCCACCACCGGCCGCCUCCCCUCGCCGUCGCUCCUCGGCCGCUACCCGUCCCUCGAGGAGCUCUCCGUCGCCGGCGCCCGCCUCUCCUCGCUCGCGGGCCUCCCGCGCCUCCCGGCGCUCCGCCGCCUCUCCCUCCCCGACAACCGCCUCUCGGGGGCCGCCUCCCUCGCCGCCGUCGCCGAGUCCUGCGGCGCCACGCUCCGCCACCUCGACCUCGGGAACAACCGCUUCGCCGACGUCGCCGAGCUGGCGCCGCUCGCGCCGCACGGGGUCGAGUCGCUCGACCUGUACCAGUGCCCCGUCACCAAGGCCAAGGGGUACAGGGACAAGGUGUUCGCGCUGAUCCCCAGCCUCAAGUUCUUGGACGGCAUGGACGCCGAGGGCAACGACUGCUUGGAUUCCGACGACGAGGAGGAUGAAGAGGAGGAUGAGGGAGAGGAGGGUGAAGGGGAAGGUGAUGAAGAAGAAGAAGAGGAGGGUGGAGAGGAAGGGGAAGGUGAUGAGGAUGACGAAGAGGAAGGAGAUGAAGAAGAGGAUGAGGAAGAAGGUGAAGAGGAGGCUGAAGAUGAAGAGGAUGAAGCUGGUGCCGAUGAAGAAGAUGAAAGCAAAGUGGCGAAUGGAAGCAAAGGGUCUUCAGGAUCAGCUCAGCCAAACAAAAGGAAGAGGGACAGUGAAGAUGAUGCUAACGGAGACAACUGAUCUGGUUGGGUCUGGAAAUGGUUGCGGCUGGUCGUUGGAGGCUUUUCCUCCAAUGUUCUUUGGAGGGCUUUGAGCCUUUUGAGGCGUUUCCUUCUGUUGAUGUAGAAGAUUUAGCUGUUCUUUUUAGAUGCCAAGUUGCCAAAGGUUUUCUAAUUAUAAUUCAGGACUUGGACAUAUCCUGAUGUACUACUGCACAUUUCUGUGACUUUCCGAUGCUGCUAAUUGAAAUACUGGUUCUGGGCCUGGUCAUGCGGA